GCCCCACUCCAAUCCACUCCACUCCGGGAGCAGCGCGUCAGGGCUGAUGCCGGCCAAAGAUAGAUGGACUGACCGAGGGAGAAAAAAUAACCCGAAACACUGCACAACUAGAGUAAAGACAGCAGAGCUGCUCGGUGGGUACGGAGAUUGAAUAAAACGGGAGUGACGCAGCGAUCUCACCGGCGUCCGAGUCCAGGUCAGUGUCUGUUCUGGAGGCAGUCAGACACGGACAGUGGAGUGGAAAAAGCUUCGGGGAGCGGACACAACUGGAGCUCCUCUCUGUCAUCAUUAUAAAGAUCCAAGUGGACUUAGCCGGACCGUUUGGCAGAUCAGUGGCUUGUCUUAUUGUCCAGUGAUGGAUUCGCCUUCCGAUCUUUUCGAUGACUCUUCCAACCAGAUACGCAGUUUUACUCCCGGUCUCUCCUCCGCAGAUCUCCCUGGAGUUCACACUGUUCCUGCCUUUAGAGCCCCAGGUUUCCCCCUCAUCCACCAUCUUCUCCAGCCAGGUGGAGGUCCAAGGAGGAUCGGAGGGAUCCUAACAGCUAACCUGACCACGCAGAGACACAUGGAAGGCAGGAGCCUGGAGGAAGAAGGGACUGUCGGUCACAUAGAGCAUGGGAUGGAAAGAGCAGAAGAGAGGAUGAUGGAGGCAGAAGAUGACUUGGCGGAGGUGAAAAGGAAGUGUAGCGACACUGUGCUCAUGGCUGAGUGGAGUCAAGAUGUCAUGAAAGUCAAAAGGAUGAAGCUGGAGUGCAGGCAAAAAGAUAAGGAGGUGGAGGAGGGUGGAAAGAGGAGAGAAGGGAGGAGAAAGGAGAGGGAAGAGCUGAAGGAACAGUUGGAGGCGGCCAGGGAGAGACUGCAGGCCCUUCAGGAGAAAGUUUGGAAGGCGUUUGGGGAAAAAGCAGAAAAGGAGGAGAAGAAAAGGAAGUGCUUAAAUGAAAACGGAUGUGAUGGCGAUGGAGAGGGAGAUGAGGAGAUGGUGGAGGACGAGGAGGAUGUCCCAGGAGAGAUGUACGAUGAGGAGGACAUUGAUACUGCAGAGUUGGAGAAGGGAUCUUUCUCCCUUCUUUCUGUUUCCCAUUUUGACAACUUCCACAAACGAAAAGAGCAGUUGCAUAAAGACAGAGAAAGAAGGAUAGACAAACGAAGAGAUGGAGACAUGGAGGGCAUAAUGGAGGGAUCAAGGCUGUGGCUUGAAUGUGGAGGUCUGACGAGAGGAGACUGGGAUGGAGGGACUGAAGAUGAGGAUGACGAGGGAGGACAGAAGUUUGCUCAGGCACUGAAGCUGGAGCUGGGCAGCGCUGUGGCUCGAGUCAUUGACAGAGUUCUACGUCUUUACACGGAGAUGACAGAUCAUUCCUCUCCUCCUGCCGCCAUCUCUUUUCACCCAUCUGAUCAGGGGCAUGAUGGAGGGAAGGAGAGGGAAGGGUGGAUGGGACUUUUGACCAGAGGAAGGGUGGAGGAACCAAUGAAAAAGAAGGAGGACGGAGACAGAGAGCAGCAGCUUAAGAAGUUAAAAAACGGGGGCAGCCUUCCUUCUGGACCGCUGCGUUGCUCUGAACAAUCAGAUCUGCCAAUGCCAUUGGCUGUUCACAGGUCACCUGACACACGAAAGACCUUCCCUCUCCUCGGACCUCCUCUCUCCACCAACCUCAGCUCCUCUCACCCAAGCCUCCCUCUGCAUCACCCUUCUUUGACUAGACCCACUCCUCUUGCUCACCCUCCCCUCUUACCCCCAGCUUCGCAGCCCAAAGAGACCUCUUCCUCAACCUCCUUCCACCAAACUUCAUCCUCUUCUUCUUCCUCUUCAUCCUCCUUUCCUGCACCUCCCCCUCCUCCACCCCCACCUCUCCCUCUCCCAUUGCUCCACUACUCCAUGCAGCAGCUCUUUUCCCGCUCACUCCACCACCCACAACUACCACAUCUCGCUCCAUCUCGGAAGGACUACCUGAGCUCUGACCCCUUCCUGGAGUUCUCCUCUCAUGCUUCCUUCCCUCCGCUCCCUUUUCUUGGACACCUGGACCCAUCGCUGAGUCGUCAUGGAGUCAGAGAGAGGGAGAGAGGGGUGAGGGGAGAUGGGAGCAUCAGAGGAGGUGGAGGGAUGGACGGAGGAGAGCUCUACCUGACCGCUGGGGGAGUUUACACUCAGGAGGGAUUGUCUCCCUGCCAUCUGAAGAAAGCCAAACUCAUGUUCUUCUACACACGCUAUCCCAGCUCUAACACACUCAAGACCUACUUCCCUGAUGUCAAGUUUAACCGCUGUGUGACGUCCCAGAUGAUUAAAUGGUUCAGCAACUUCAGGGAGUUCUUCUACAUCCAGAUGGAGCGAUUUGCACGCCAGGCUGUCCGUGACGCUCUCACACGGGAUGGUGCUGCUCACCUGGGCCGGGAGAGUCAGCUGCGAGUGAGCCGUGAUACGGAGCUCUACCGCAUACUGAACAUGCACUACAACAAGAGCAACGUCUACCAGGUUCCAGAGAGGUUUAUCGAGGUGGCAGAAGUGGCUCUGAGAGAGUUUUACUCAGCCAUUUGGACUGGGAGAGACAGCGACCCCUGCUGGAAGAAAGGAAUAUAUAAAAUCAUCUGCAAGCUUGACAGUCCCCUGCCAGAUGCCUUCAGGAUGCCUGGCUGUCCGGUGGGCUGACAACUGAGUUGUGUUUUUCUCCUGUACAUAAACACUAAUGCAUGCUCCGCUACAUUGUUAUCAAGGCUUAAAUAAACUGUCAAACUGUGAGUGAUGGGUUUAGUCCUCAGUUUGAGGUUUAAAACCAUUAUUUAGGAUAUAAACACAUACAUCAUCAACACAAGAAAACACUGGACACACUCAGUGGUUAAAUAAGAGUCUUGUGACUGCAUUUAUCUUGCCCAUACCACCGAAUUAAAAGGGACGGAGCAGGAAUUCCUUCUGCAAACAUUCCUCUGCAGUCAGGCUGACUCCAGACCAGAGCUUUUCUAAGUUUCAGGUUUGAUAAAACUCUCCUGAAACAGAGCACUGAAACAAGCUUGUACUAUAUAUUUUGUUACAGGUUUCUCUAUAUGUGUGAGGCAGCAUUUUACUGAUGACCAGUGGAAAUGUUAGAAUAUGAUUCAUGGUUAUUGAAAUGAAAACUUGAUGUACAGUACCUUGCAAAAUUAUUCACUCCCCUUAAAAGUUUUUGUCACAUCAGCUACGAACCUCUAUGUAUUUUUUUGGGAUUUUAUGUAAUAGAUCAACAGAAAGAAGGGCAUAAUUGUGAUAAGGAAGUCAAAUGACAUGGUUUCAGACAUUUUAUUAAAAGUACCGUUAUCUUGGUACAUGUUUUAAAAAGUUAAUGUUACAACAAGUUGGACCUUUUUAGCUUGUGGUAUAAAAACAAAACUGAGAUGUUCUUAUUCAUUGGCAUGGCUUGAAUGAGUGAAGGACGGCUGUAUGUUUAGUGUCGUUCUCCUGCUGUAGUGUCUGUUGUGGUGAAGAAAGACCUACACCAAAAUGCAAAGUUCUCGAUUUACCGGUCUGUCUACGUUUAGAUCCUUACCUAUGAUCAUGAGAUAUAAAUCAUGACCAAAAGAAGGAGAUCCAGGGUUGAAAUGUGCUUCCUCUGGAGGGUGGCUGGAAAACGUAUAUCACCCUCCUUUAACUUCACACUUAUGUACUACUUUUUGCUGCCAUAUCACAUGCAAUCCCAAAGAAAUACAAUUACAUUCCUGGUUGCAACGUGGGAAAUUGUGAAAAUAUUCAGAGUAUAUUUGCAGGGGUAUAUCCUGUGUCUGGGUUUGUUUGCUGUCAUCAGAACAUGCUUUUCUAAUUUGCAAUCUUCAAUGAAAAGCGUUGUUAGUGAUGCUGGACAAAUCUUCGAUUAUUAUAAGAGUCUAGAAAUAAAGUUGAUUAUCUUUCAAAGCACAGACGUGUCACUCAGUCAGUCCUUUGCGUCUUUGCUGUGUGUAAUUAUUGUACAGCGUUGGUGCAUGUUAAAUAAAACUGUACUCACCAUGGAAAUCUGGUAAGACAUAUUAAAUAUGACAUAGCGGUAAAUUCAUGUUUUGGUGUUUCUUUUUAUGUACACUUACUGUUGAUAUAUUUUAUAUUCUUUUAAUGUGAAGCUGAAGUAAAACAGUUAAAAUAUCCAAACAUUUGUUUUACAGAAUUGUUGCUUUUUUUCUUUAACCUGGUAUAUUGUGACUAUUUAAUCUAAAAUCAAAGAUAGAUUUUGUUGCUGUAAUUAUUCGUGAUGUGAAUUCAAGUGCGUGUUUCCCAGAUUUGUAAUUUGCAUUUUUUUUCUUUACAUUGUACAGAAUGUGCUGCAGUCUCUGCUGUAGAUCUGUGCCUCAUUCAAACUUCAAUUAAUCUCGAUGUCUUAUCCGCAAAUUAAAGUGAUACCAAGCUCA